AAAUCCCACAUAAAAAAUGGGAUGUACUGGGCAGCAUUGCAAAAGCCAGAGGAGGGAGAUAGACGCAAAGCAGCCGGCCCACAGCUUGUCGGGCGGUGCCACUGACAGAGAGCAGAGGGAGGAGCGGCGCACAGACACCCAGCACCCAGCAAUCUGCUCUCUCUGUCUAUGGAGCAGCCGUAGCGCCGCAAGCGAAAGCGACAUCCCCACAGCAGCUUUCAUCUCCACUCUGGUGCCUGGAGGAAGGAUACAUCACUAGUGCCAGGGAUUGUCCAGGCUAUCAAGAUGCAGCUGCACUUCACGCAAGAUUGUGGGAAUCCAGAGCUAAAGUAAGGCAAUGUAAGGAGCACCAGUGAGAUCUUCCACAUCAUCAGUGAGAAAUAUGGAGGAGCUCUAUAAAGAAAACCAAGACUUGCAAAUUGAUUUGAACAGCCCUCCUUCCACCCUUCCUAACAAGUUGGAGAAUGGGGUUGCCCAGCUAAUUACUGCAGAAGCAUGGAAUAUUAAUCCUUCAGGCUUAAUGAAAAAAGCCCUUUCACCGCUAGUGACUGUUCCAGCUCCGGCUGUUUUGAGCCCGUCCACAGAUUCCCAGAGUGGAGUAGCCAUGAAAAUGGCAGCAGCUGUACUUCAGCCAAUCUGCUUAGGUGAAAGUCCAGUAGUAUUACCAAUACACUGGCAGUUAUCAGGUGGGACACCACCACAAAUGAGCACAAAUAGCAGCACCCCCUAUGUGAUAACAGCACAAGGCCCCGUCCCACUACCUGUGCUUUUGGAGCAACAUGUAUUUCAGCAUUUGAAUUCACCUCUGGUUUUACCUCAGGGUUCUCCAUGUCCCGCUACCUCUCUUCAGAGUCACAUCUUCCCAUCAGCUGCUACGUUGGUUGGCCAGCCACAGAUUCUAGAUCAGAAAACCUCCAGCCCAACACAGGAAGCAGUGCUGCCACCAAUUUUUACAGCUCCAAGUUUUCCUUCUGUCUUGCAAGACUUUUUCCCAUCAGCUAAUAGCUUGGGGGCACCACCUCCAUGUCAUAUACCUCCAGAUUACGCAUCUAGCAAUCUUCACACAAUUCCGCCCCAACUUUUUAGCUCCUCGCCUUUAUCUCCACUUGUCCCUCCUGCAACCUUGCUAGUGCCAUACCCAGUGAUUGUACCACUUCCGGUGCCAGUGCCUAUACCUAUCCCAAUCCCUAUCCCAAUGUCACACUCCGAGACAAAAGGUAGCGCAAAUGAGCCAAAAUCGACAGUAGAUAUUCCAAAGAACUGCAAGGAAACCCAAACCCCUUUGGAAAAAGAAUUAAAGCCAUUCGAAAUCGCAGACAGGAGAGAGUUUUCUCAGUUUUACCGCCAUUCGGUAAUUAAAAUGAGCAGCGAAAAUGAAGCACUAGACUUGUCAAUUAAAAACGAACCUUUGGUUGUAAACACUGAUAUAAGUACUGAAGUGAUACAGGAUGAUGGUGUUCUUGAUCUGUCUGUCCCGAUAAACAAAAGAUGCCCCAGUACAAAUCCACAUGGGAGCACAAGCAUGUCUUGCGGGUCCAUGUCUGACUCUCCAAGGCAUCUCCCAAUAAAGAACAGUGUGACUGCUGCAUCUUUUAGUCCACCUCUAGUUCAUCAUGAGCUGGCACAGAAGCAGGACAGUAAAGUUAUCUGCAGCAACACUGCCGACCCAUUACGCCAGCAAAAAUGGAUCCCUGUGCAAAGUGCCAGAGCUGCUUAUGAGCCAAAAUCCAACAACAACAUUGAACUAGUUAGCAGCUCCCAGACAGCGAAAGUAAUCGUGUCGGUUAAAGAUGCAGUUCCUGCCAUUUUCUGUGGCAAAAUAAAGGGGCUUUCUGGGGUUUCCACGAAAAACUUUUCUUUCAAGAAGGACUUGCCUCAGGUCUCUGGUGUUCAGUGCUACGAUGUAAAGGGUCAGGCCGAGCACAGGGAAACCGCAGAAGCACUACGCAAACCAAUCAAAAACAGAAGUGUAAAGUUAAAGAAAGUGAAUUCACAAGAGAUACAUAUUCUUCCCAUAAAAAAGCAAAGGCUGGCUGCCUUUUUCCCUAGGAAAUAACACCUAGUCCAAGACAAGGCGUCUGAAAUUCAUUGCUGUAUAUUCCCCAAGGCCAUAAUCUCAAUAACCUUAAGUCUACUAGUUACACAAAGGGAUGGGAGCUCUCCAUGUUUAGUUCAGUGUUGGUGACUGUGAAAGGAAGACUUUUUGUUGUUGUCAUUAAAAACCUAGGCAUCUCUGUACUACAUGGACCUGUACAUGAGUGGAUCAUCCUGACACCUUUGUAAUUUAUUACACACUACAAGUUAUUAGCCAGAGGACCUUUAAAGUUUUUUUUUUUAAUCUGUUACUUGUAUCGGCAAGUCCAGGAAAGCAACCUAUUUUUAAUUGGAUUACACAUUUUAUGGACUGGCCAGGGUUGUUUUUACUGCCAAGGACUGCUUCAAUGCUGUAUUUAAUAUUGAUAGCUACACUGCAUAUUUAAAUAAAUGUUUGUAUGUGCAAGUCA